UUCAAAACAAAUCCUCCCGAUGGAGCCGGUCGAGUUGGAAUUUAUCGGUGAAAACUCACUAGUUGGUGUGAUUCCGAACUUUAAUCAUGAUUCGAUCUAUCUCAUAUCGGGUACCAUCGAACCGUUCCGUGGUGGCACUCCGUUGUACGUGCCGCUCUGGCUGGCGAUCCAUCUGCGGCAGCAGCAAAAGUGCCGAAUUAUCGCUCCACAGUGGAUGGAAAUCGAUCUGCUGGAGGACAUCAAGGAGGCGGAAAAGCGCGAGGCCACCUUCACCAAGAUGCCAAGCUCAAACUAUAUGGUAGAGGCGAAGCUGAUUCUUACUACGGCCCCCGAGGACGUUCCGUCGUCGGAGCAGAUCAAAACGCUCAUCAAAGAUAUUUACGAUGUUCGCUGUGCCAAACUGCGAUCUACGGUGGAAACGUUCCUUUCCAGCGAAGGGGCCCACACGGUGCCGCUGGAGAAUGUGACUGUCUUUGAGCUGCACACCAUUCAACCGCUGUUGCCGCACGCAAUGGAUUAUCUGUCGCGCAUCGAGCAAACCAAAAAGGCCCUGCGAUCAAACAUCACGGCGCACUCGUUCAGCUUGGGUAGCUCUAGUGGCCUCACCAGUGCCAAUCAGCAGAUGAGCUCGAGUGGCCUAGGAGGUUCCGGCUCAGGGGUCAACUCUAGUUCCGUAGGUUUAAGCAGCUCACUCGCUUCGAGACCUUGGUAAACAAUAGGAAGAAGGAAAUUUGCUCCAAAUAUCAUACCAACUAGAUAUGUAAUGUUCAUUUUCGAUAUUUAUUUUAUUAGACGCGGUCGCUAAUUCUUCUUCAUUUCGUCCAAAAGGACAUUAAAAAUUACUUUCUUCCUCAAAGCCUUCUCUAAACAUAAUGGAGUAAGAGUACCAUCAAUUUCACGAAUUCAGCUUUAGCAUAAAUAGCACAUUAUUUCAGAAAACAUUAGUUGAAAUACAAACUAAAUGUUAUAGGUGGAACGAAGAUAUUUAAGUUGAUAGCUUUGUUCAUCUAUCUGCAUUUCUAGUAAAACAGUAAAUAAGUUUUUAGGUAAUUGCUAAUCCUAACUUAAUAAAACAGCAAAAGUAUAUUUAGUUCAUCA